CUGAAAAGGUGACAUCCUUGGGUAAAGACUGGCAUCGACCUUGUUUGAAAUGCGAAAAGUGUAAGAAAACUCUUUCCUCCGGUUCACAUGCUGAACACGAUGGAAAGCCGUAUUGUAACAAACCAUGCUAUUCAGCAUUGUUUGGACCAGGAGGUUUCGGCCGUGGUGGAACUGAAAGUUACAAAUAUUAAUGUACACGAUGGAAUCCUCGGAGCAUGGACCAAUAUCGAUUUUUUUAGCUUUUACAACAGCAUACCAUAGUCUUUUAAAAUAUAAGUACUGUAAUUAUGCAAGUAAUACGAAUAUCUUCGAAUUAUUGUAGGCCUGUAUUUUUCAUAUUCUAAUAAUGAUAUAUAACAGUUUGAGUACGAUAAGCAAAAAUUAAAUUAUGAAAAAGGAUGACAAACAUA